CUGCAGAUGGCUGCACUGACUUGGGGGGGGGGGGGCACGAGAGUCUCCUUUGUUUGCCCCCAGGAAAACAGUCUCCGGAGAAGGCCAGUGGGGAUUCACCUGGGACAUCGGAGGGGCCCCCUCCCUUCGGAGAGGUGGGCCCGGCUAGGCUGGGGUGUUUCUCUCGGCCUACGGGGAUCUAACCGAAUGCGCUGUUGGUGAGAUUUCAGGGUGCUGGGGUUCGUGGUGGACGGGUUAACAGAACCAUCCUGAGAUGUCCUUAUAUAAUAUUUUUAUCAAUUGAUUUUCUAUCCCUUCCUGGCUAGGGUCCUGCAGACCCCCACACCCUUCACCCCUACACUGCUCCUCGUAGACUGAGAGAUGCAGAGAGCAUAGCAGCAGUGACCGGCCUCGGUUUCCAGUUUUCUAGUCUGGCCGGGAAUAAACCUGGCCCCAGCCGCCAGCCUCCUCCUUCCCUCCUUACUUUCGAUUUUCUUUCCCGUCUUUCUCUCCCUCUCUGGGCUCAAACAGAAGCACAAGAGGGGCCGUCAGUGGCAACCCCCAGCCUCCUUGCAGGCCAAGCUCCCUGCUGACGUGGUCCUUCGUGCAGGAGGGCACUGCUGUGAUUAUCUAAUAAUAGCCAGAGCGGCUGAGAAUAGAAUCUGGCUCAAGGACUCUGCACACCCAGGGCUGAGGCUAGGAGGCACUGAAUCUGUGGGUCAGGGUCUGGCAACACUCCCUGGAGCCUCUGGCCCCCAGAGUUCCCCUCUGAGUCCACUCUUUGAGCACCUCAGGCCUGCCCCUUAUGGGCUUUGUCAACCUAGCCAUCAGCUGUAUUUCAUGUGCCAGUUCCUGGUUAAGGAGAAAUUGGCAAAGCAAGCCCUUUCUCUCUCUUGUCUGACAGUUGUGAUCCCCAGGAAGAAUUCGACCUUGUUUGGAGAAGGCGGUCUUGUUGGGUUGCCUGUUGUGUUCCAAAACCAGGCUUGGUAGCUUAAUACAUUUAUUAUAUACAGGCUCAAAUGUACAGACUCGGACUUAUGCAUGAAUAUAUACAGACUCAUAUUUCCCCGGUAGUUAGUUGUGUGUUACCAUGCCUUUAUUCGCUCGAACACCGUUUUAUGUGCAUGCAAAAUUUUGUUAGCCCUCACUGGAUGCGAGUGGGCUCAAGGAGGCACUGGGUGCACCAAGAAGGCCUUCUGUGCGUGCUCUGCUGGAAAUGUGUGCGCGUGCUGGAAUCGGAGUAUGCGGGUUCCAGUAACCAACGGAUGCCACAAAGCCUUUCUCAGACCUUAUUGCCUUUGCAGUCCAAGCAGCUGGGCUGGGAAAAUACUGAAUCCCCUCUAGGUUCUCUCUAUACCUCCCUGCGAACUUCCCCAACUCAGAGACUGUUUUACCAGGGGGAUCCAGUUGUGUUGAAAGUGAUCUCUGUGGGAAACUUUGAUGGGUGCAGUCGGCCUAUGAGCAAUUCUGAGCGGUCGGUUGGGCCCUGGUGCCGUAACACCAGGGGCGUGGAGGGAAUUGGUCAAUAAGGUGGCCUCUGGGCAGUGAUCUGGGGCUGCUGCCUGACAGGGUGCUUGAAGGGGCUGGUGGAGAAGGCCAGCCAGAAUGGGUAGGGGUGCAGUGAACAUCUGUCCCCCACCAAUGCUCGUCCUGGCUGCUCACUGGACCCCAGAUUUGCCUGCAUUUGUGAGGCAGUUUGGGGGCUAAAUUCUCCAAACACUCAGAUCUGGUUACUGGUGGGACUGCAUUUUAAUCCUCUCAGCUACCUAAGCCAGGGAGAAGGCUGACGGGCAGUGCCAGAGAAGACGCUCGGUCUAGCCGCCUGUGGGCCUGGAGCACUGAAUGUGGGCUGAGGCUGGGAAUUAACCAGCGUCCUUUUCUAGCCUUUCUCCCUUCUGGGGCCAGGGAAAGACAGAGCAGGGGGAGAUAUAAAUGUCUGUGAAAAACCCCAUGAAAGAAAGGACAGGAGGAGCUGGCGGGUUUUCCUCCACUCCCUAGGCGAUCCGGUUCCUCCCAGGACUCUCCUGUCCGGACAUGCUGCGGUGCUGAGGCGCACAGCUUUCUUCCACCUUUUCCCUGCCAGCAUCAAGCCUCCGGCUUUUGGGCCUCAGCCACCCCGAGGUGCUAGCGUGACAUUACCCCCAAAUUGCGCCCCUCACCCAGCCCACGGCCUCUGCCACGGCCCCGCAGCCGCCCCUGUUUAUUGUGUCUAUGAGUUGUUUACUUGUUUUGUCUGCUGCCACCCUGCGUCAGAAACCCGCCAAACCAGCAAACUCACCCCGGAGAACAAAGUGCAGCGCUAUCCCGAACUCCCUCCCCUUUCCGGCACCCCGCUCCCGCCAUUACCUCCGCCCUCGUUGUCCCUUUCCGAGCGGAGGAAGCAGAAAUCGCCUAAAAUAGGGCAGCUGUUUAUAGGGUUGGGGGAAUUAUGGGGACACCAUAAACCUCCGGGUGUCCUGGUGGUGGAGAGACAGAACAGCCCUCCCCUUGCCUCCGGCUUUUCUUCCUUCCGCCCGGCAACUGCUUGGUUAAGGGGGCCUCAGUCAUUGAGAAAGUCGAGCCCCCUCACCCCACUCCCCACUCCUUUCUGCAGGAGUUUUCCCUGAGACACAGGUUGUUGGGUUUAAAUCAGGGUAAUGUUGGUGGAUUCAUGAAGCUAGAUAAAGCAUGUCGCUCUCCCCUCACCCUCCCUUCUCCUCAGCCCCCCAAAAUAGCAGUGAAUUUAAGCAAAUCCUACAAAAUUAAAUUGCCCCUUCGCUAAAGAUCCUAUAAAUCUGCAGUCCCGCCAGGUGUAGAGUCGGAGAGGCUGGUGUUCGCCUCUAAUUUUGCUCCUGGCUAUCAAAUCUAAAAGAGUAUCAUCGAAAUAAGUAAUAUUCUCGUUUCUGAAAUUAAUUCCCCCCUCCCCAUCUCUCUCCCUUUUUUCACCAGCGCAGAUGAAAUGGUUCUUUUAGAUCUGCAAACAAUAAAGGAUAAAAUUAUUUAUAGGGAAAUGAGGACGAUGUUUCAUUGUUGGCUUACUGUUCCAGAACAUAAUAACAAUUUUAUUUUCAAGUGGGAGAACUUAGACCAGGAGAAGGGGAAGAGGAAAAAAAGUGAGGGGAGGCAGGGCACCCACGCACAAAACUCCUGCUGUAUAUAACUUUUGUGACACUUACAGUUUCCUCAUGACAAUUCACUGUGACGUCAUAAAUGCCAUGUUCUUGAAUUUUACAAUUCUCAUAAACCUCCAAAAUGGGUCCAAGAAGUGCUCUGUGUGCAGGGGCAUAAGAGAAGCCAGGAAGCUGGGUAUCCUUUGGCCCAGCCCAGGGCAGCACACUCACUACUGCCCCUCCUUCCUCAUCUGACACCCUCUUGAGGCCUCAUUCUGGAGACCAAAAACAUUCUGAAUAUUCUGGAUUUUAAUUUUUUCUCCUCGGCCAAGGAGGGGCACUUGGUUUGCCUCUCUGAAAUGUCACUCAGCAUCUGGGUUCCCUCCUCAUUCCCCAUGGGCUGAGAUACUGUGUCUGAAGGUUCUCUGCAUGCCCCCUCCUCAGUUGAUACUCAGCUGCUUUGGAUAGAGGUAGGAGGCCUGGGGGCAAGGCCCCAAAAAGCCAGAAAUGAUUUCUUCCAGAGGGAGCCACAAGGGGCUCAGGGCUGGGACAGAGGUGCUUGGGACCUAUUUUACUUUGACUCUUCAGCCAGAGAAGUGAAUUGAGAAGCCAAACAAACGCAGAUGUGGGAGUCUGUGUCCGCUGAUGGUAGCAGCAUUACGUGGCGUGUUGGUAAGGAAGGGUCAGGCAGAAAUCUGGAAGGAGAGAGAGAAGGAGGAGAGAAAAUAUGACAAGAGUUAGCUGAGCCCCUCCAUCUACUUUUCUUCUCUGUUUAAUUGCAAAUAAAGCAAAAGCAGCUCUGGCAGCAUCUCAACCUCUUAGCUCAAAAGAGGAGUCGCCAGCCCAGGCCUUGGAGGUGUUUGGGGCAGUUCUCAGGCGCUUGACAUGCCCCAUCUGGCCUCUUCCUCCUUCCCCCCUCCCUGCUGAUCCCCAACUCCAUUCAGCUGACCAGCCUGGGCCCUGUCCCCAGAAUAUCAGCACCCCCAAAUGGGAUUCAUUUCCGGGUUAGGUGUGUCAAAUUUCACUUUUAUCCAAGUGUCUCCAUGCCUGAACUUUGAAAGGAGAGGAGCGUUCUUUUUUGGAAUGCAAUGUGUGUGUGUGUGGGGGGGGGGGUAUGUGCUCAGACAACUUCCCCACCAUAUCUGUGAGAAACUGGGGGCUCCUUGGGGGAGCUGUGCUUUGGUGUCCCCAGGCAGACCCAGCUCCCCGUGGCCAGGUUCUCUGGCGGUCUGGGAGACUCUCUCUGCAGUCCUUUUACUCCACAUUCUCUGGAGAUCAAAGGAGCUCGGACACAAAACACUAGGCAUUUGAAGCAGGAUUCAUUUUUGUAAUUUUUAAAUUAAAAAAUCUAAUCAUAAGCCAGUCAGGGCAACUGAGCCGUUGCUCUAGAGCAGCAAAGCCUUAACCAAACAGUGCAAUUGUGAGGUGAGCUGAGCUGAGCAAUUAUUGAAACUCGGCUUUCUCUGCAAGAGGGAUUUCAGCCCUCACCCAGUGGCACAAAAGGGGCUGGUGGGGCAACUGCUCCCCUCUCACUCUGGAAAUAGAGAAUUGGAGGGUGAGUCGGGGAGCUGCAGUGGCUUCCAGGCAGCCAAGCGCCCAAGCCAAGCGCUGCUGAGUCCUGCGGCUCCAGUUCCGGGGUCCCUGACCAGCCUCCAGAGGCGCCGAGCUGUAGUUGGUGGCGCCGGCAGCCAGCAAUAGAGUGUGUGUAUCUGUGUGUGAGGCUGGGCAAGUCACAGACAUCUGCACAGAGUUGGGGGACCUGGGGAGAGAAGACUGGAAGAGCACAAACUAAGCAGAAGCUCUAAAAAAGACUGUCCCCAAAUAAAAAUUCCAAAUCUUAUCCCUCUCACUUCAGAUACCCUUCCCCAAGAAACUAAUAUGUUUUCCAGAGCAGAGUGGAAAGUAAAGGCAGGCAAGGUGAGGCCUGCCCAGGAACCCCUUCAGGGCCAGAGUCUCGUCCCACCCACCCUAUCCCCAGUUCAGAGCUGCCCAGGCCACAGCCCCUGGCCUGGAGCGGGCAAAGCUGGCGUAGGAGCGCUUGACUCGCCCUGGGAAACCCCCCAGUGCCCACCCUCCAGUGCAACCCUUAGCCUUGGGGACUCCAGGCCAGUGACUGGCCCCCACUCAGGCCCAUAGUGCCUGCAGUAAGUUCCUCUCCUAUAAUUAGCGCUCAUGAAAAGCAUGUGUUUUGGGUUGGGGGGACUGGAGCAGGGAGCAGCAACUUUCCUCCCUUUAUUCCUUUUCUGUGUUUUUUGCAUUCUGUCUUUGAAUCCACUAAUUACAGCUCUGAAAGCAAAAAUCUGCUCUCGCACAGCCAAACCCCCUCGGAAUGCCCGAUGCCGGAGGCAGGCUGAAGGGGCAGAGCCACUCGGAGACCUGCGGGCCUGAUGGGGUGUACUCUGAUUUCUCUGGGCUUGUUUUAUAGAAACAAAGAACAAGUUCUCCCCCCCUUCCCAGGACUUGUGCAUAUUUACAGAGCUCAACUGCAGUUUUCAUAAAACAUCUGUUCUUGCUUCUGCUGAUGAGUUCCCAUAAUUGUUUUCAGACAAAUUUAACAGGAAAAUAGAAAUAUAUUUAGAAAAACCCAAGUCCCAGCUUUUCCCCUAUAGACAGUCAUUCUUUCGCCAAAAAAAUAAAAUUAACAUGAAAUGAGAAAAGGAAAAUAUAAUCCAAUGGAGGGAAGAUUGGGCUCAUCUGACCAGCUCUCCCCCCUUAGAGCGAAUCCUUCCAGCAAAUUUCAGCUGCAUAAUUAAAGAUCUAACUGAAGGAAGGCGCUUCUUUCCUCAGGAACGGAAGGUGACGGGGGAGAGUGUGUUGGAAAUUAAUUUUACCAAAAAUCCUUAUGCUGUGGGGGAAUUUAUUUGUAUUUCUGCUUCUCUUUCUCUCCCCCCGCCAGCAUUUCUGCCUUUCUCCCCCAGCAGCUGGUUUCUGUUCAUUAUAAAUCGGCGAGACCUUUCAGUCUCUGUCCUCUGUUUAGGGACGUAAUAAAACACUUAACUUUCCGGGGCUGAGACUUACAUUCUGCUCUUCAGGUCACCCACCCCCGUGCCCACCGCCUUUAGGCCCCCAAGGAGUCUCUCCCCAACUUUGGGGCCCCUCUCCCCUCCAGACGUGGUUUAGGAGAGGCUCAGGGAAACCCAGGCAUCCUUGCUAGGGGGCUGCAGCACAUGGUGCCCCAGAAGCCCCUUCUUUCUUCCAAGUUCCUUCCUUCCCCCACCCACCCAUAAAAGAAAUUUUAAAAUACGUAGAAAAUCAACACUCAUUGAAAGCGAAACCUCAUUAAGACAUCCUAUCUUCCAUCAUUCAAUUUGUUGUACAUUGCAACAAUUUAAUAUCUUGAAGGAAAUAUCACUGACAUGAUUUAUCCCUCUAGCAAUCUCUCUCUGAAAUGGGGGGAGGGAAUUUACUCUCUCUUCCGGCCUGUGCUGCGUGUUACACCACUACCCUUAGGGCAGGAGGGAGGCUGGGACACUGAGAGUAGCUACUUGUGUCCAGGGGUGCACUGACUUGUUCCUCUGCUCAUUCCCCUGGGUCUCCCCACCCCCAGUUCCCUCUCCCUCUCCCCCUCCAGGGGGCCUGGAGCCCCAGCCAGCUGUUGGAAACCUCUGUCCAGGCAUGCCAUGAAUUUGAGGACAGCUGGAUUCUAGAGCGGAAUGCAAUUCACACUGGUGUCUGUGUACCUGCCAUAUUACCCCAAAAUGAGACAAGUCGUCUCAAUUUUUUUUUUCUUAAGAACCCUCUAUUCUUCUCCUUCAACUCCUUGGGGAGAAGAAAGUAUGGUCCAAGAGGAGGAAUCUUUAUAAUUAUAGGGGGCUUUCUCCUACCCUUCUAAAUACCAACAAACUUCCCUCCUUUUUGAAGGAUUGAGGCUGUAUUUUUAAAACCCAACACACACGUUGUCUGGCAGGAAGACUCUUCAAUCCCGUAACGAGGUUCAUGUAUUAACUAAUACGUCUCUACCAGCUCCUACACACUGUCUGCUUUUGGGUUCGAAACUUUAUUUUUCCCCCCUAGCGACACUCCAGGGAAACCUUAACGCUACAGAAGAUGAAUAAACGAGUUUUUUCCCAGCGUAGUCCCGUUUAUGGCUUUAUUGCUACCCAUUGAUUACUCCGCUUUGUUACACAGAAGGAAAAGAUCAUAAAAUCCGGCGACAUCCGGGUUCUUGUUAUAGCCGUCUCCCCCCCCCCCCCCCAAAAAAUGGUGAAGGGAAAAUAGGAGCCUCCCCUGCUCCCUCUGCUUGCCCCACCGCCCCCUCUUUGUCAACUCAAAGUGUUUUCACCCUAUGUCACGAUAUCAAAUUAAGUUUGGAUUAAUCAGGAGAAAAACCCCGUCUGCACACCUUCCGCUGUUUCCGUUCGCCCACUGCGGCUCGCUUAGGAGCCUCCGACUCAGCUGCCUUUUCCUAACCUUCUCUUCCUUUUCCUUAGCCCCAAGGUGGAAAGAAAAUGGAGGUAGAGGCUGCUGAGAGGCCUGGCCCCACCAGGUGUGGCUGGCCCCUGGGCUAGAGCUCUCCAGAAGCCCUUUGCUGGAAUCUCCAAGCCCCAGAGCUCAGGUCCAGGGGCGCCUCCCUUGGCAGGGCAGAGAGUCUGGAGGGGGCAGGGGGCUUGUGACCUGGGCAGGGGCUUGAGCCUGCGGGACACUAACUGUCCAUCAGAGCCCCACCAGCCUUCUCUUUCUGGCUGGAUCCUAUGUGAAUUGCCCCACCGGCCCUCGCUGGCUCCAAAUCAUAAAUUCUCACCAACAUAAACAGGAGUUGAUGUGUCUAGAAAGACUCUCAGAGUUCUUUCUUCUUCCUUUCUUCCUUCCUUUCCCCUCCCCUCCCACCUUUUACUUCUUUCUUGCUCUUUUCUAUUGUAUUUUCAUACAUUUUCCCUUUUAGGCAAAAAUGCUGCAAGAGUUUCCCCAAAAAGGGGGUCCUGAGGAGGAGGCAGAGGGGGGCUGGGAGGAAGAGGGAAGCAGACGCCUGGCCCUUUGCCCCCUUCUGCUCUGCCACUGGACCCUUAAGUCUCACCCUUAGCCCUUUAGACGUAGUGGCUCCCCACAUGCCUCCUACACCCCAGACUCUCAACCUCACUCCCCUUCCUCUGAGCACCGUGUUUUAUGCAAUUUAUUUCUACUUUUGAUUUUUUUAAAAUUACUGGGGAUAAAAUAUGCUGGUUUAGUGAUGAGAACUCACUCCAUGGAGUGUCAAACCAGGAUUUCCUGUAGGAUUUCUGGGGCUCCCCUUGAGCUGGGAGGGAACUCCUCCCAUGGAGAAAUCAGGACGUAAUUUUAGAAGGGGGCAGAUAUAAAAGACGAAAUCAGAUUGAAAGUACACGGAUUUCUCCAGCCCUGGCACUGACCACAGCACAGCAAAGUUAGCUGGGGCUGAGAGAUUUUCUGGGAGUGCAACUCUGCCUGGAGUGCAAGGCCUUGCUUGUGGACAUUCACCCUUUCUCCACCUCCAAAUCAGUCGGCCCCUCCUCAUAUGUAUAUACACACAUAUAUAUAUGUAUAUAUAUAUAUGUAUAUAUAUUUUAAAAAUCCAAGUCUUACUUUCAAAGCACACACUUAGUCUCAACUAGGGAAUCAACAGAAGCAGAAGCGAUUUUUUUCCCCCUUCUUGACAUCUGGCUUGCGAUUGGCUGGAAGGGGGUCAGCUGACUUUGUCAUUUUGUCUGUCCUGGAUUGGAGCCGUCCCUAUAACCAUCUAGUUCCGAGUACAAACUGGAGACAGAAAUAAAUAUUAAAGAAAUCAUAGCCCGACCAGGUAAAGGCAAAGGGAUGAAUUCCUACUUCACUAACCCUUCCUUAUCCUGCCACCUCGCCGGGGGCCAGGACGUCCUCCCCAACGUCGCCCUCAAUUCCACCGCCUACGAUCCAGUGAGGCAUUUCUCGACCUAUGGAGCGGCCGUUGCCCAGAACCGGAUCUACUCGACUCCCUUUUAUUCGCCACAGGAGAAUGUCGUGUUCAGUUCCAGCCGGGGGCCGUAUGACUAUGGAUCUAAUUCCUUUUACCAGGAGAAAGACAUGCUCUCAAACUGCAGACAAAACACCUUAGGACAUAACACACAGACCUCAAUCGCUCAGGAUUUUAGUUCUGAGCAGGGCAGGACUGCGCCCCAGGACCAGAAAGCCAGUAUCCAGAUUUACCCCUGGAUGCAGCGAAUGAAUUCGCACAGUGGGGUCGGCUACGGAGCGGACCGGAGGCGCGGCCGCCAGAUCUACUCGCGGUACCAGACCCUGGAACUGGAGAAGGAAUUUCACUUCAACCGCUACCUAACGCGGCGCCGGCGCAUCGAGAUCGCCAAUGCGCUCUGCCUGACCGAGCGACAGAUCAAAAUCUGGUUCCAGAAUCGCCGGAUGAAGUGGAAAAAAGAAUCUAAUCUCACGUCCACGCUCUCGGGGGGCGGCGGAGGGGCCGCGGCCGACAGCCUGGGCGGAAAAGAGGAAAAGCGGGAAGAGACAGAAGAGGAGAAGCAGAAAGAGUGACCAGGACUGUCCCUGCCACCCCUCUCUCUCCUUCUCCCUCGCUCCCCGCAACUCCCUCCUAAUCACACACUCUGUAUUUAUCACUGGCACAAUUGAUGUGUUUUGACUCCCUAAAACAAAAUUAGGAGUCAGAUAUGGACCUGCAAGUCAACUCUGGACCCUCUCCCUGACCGCACAAACUCUCUCACCACGCGUCUUCUCCUCCCUGCUCCCUGCUAGCUCCUUCUCGGCUCGUCUACAGGCCCCUUCCCCCGCCCAGGCCUUGGGGGCUCCGUCCCUGAACCUCGCUUCAGACUCCAGGGAUCUCCCUCCAAAUGAGGACUUGGCCCCCCACCCUCUCGGCGCCCCCACCCCGCCCCCGCGCAGAGAGCCGGCUCGGGCCCGGGCCUUGGCUCCGGGGCCUCAGGGCCCGACCUGGCAGCGGGGAGGGCGGGAGGCCCAAGGAGGGCGCGUCGUGGCCCCGCAGCAACCCCCAGGGCCUCCCCGCAGCCCCUGCCCGGCCCCUCUGCCCCAGCAAAUGCCCAGCCCAGGCGAAUUGUAUUUAAAGAAUCCUGGGGGUCAUUAUGGCAUAUUACAAACUGUGACCGUUUCUGUGUGAAUAUUUUUAGCUGUAUUUGUGGUCUCUGUAUUUAUAUUUAUGUUUAGCAGCGUCCGUGUUCCAAUCCCAUCUUAAAAAGGAAAAAAAAAAGAGGGAAAAUUACAAAAAGAGAGAAAAAAAGUGAAUGACGUUUGUUUAGCCAGUAGGAGAAAAAAAAUAAAUUAAAAAAAUCCCCUCGUGUUACCCUCCUGUAUAAAUCCGACCUCUGGAUCCGUUCUCGAAUAUUUAAUAAAACUGAUAUUAUUUUUAAAAGUUUA